UGCCCCGGCCAUUAGGGCCGGCCGCGGCCGCUUCGCGCAGAGGGCGGCGGCGACGCGGGGCCCGCGGCCGGCCCAUCGGCCGCAGCCUGUCACCCUCGCCCCGGAGUGGCCUCGCCGGGGAAGAAAUGCCGCCGGGCGGCUGGUGCCUGCUUUGCUUUGGCCUGGUCCUGUCCUCCGUCUGCGCCUCCGCUGAGUCUGCGGCGCCCAGCAACUUGACCACAGCUCCUUUGAAUGUCCUUCUGAUCAUCGUGGAUGACCUGCGCCCCUCCCUGGGCUGUUAUGGGGACAAGCUUGUAAGGUCCCCAAACAUUGACCAGCUGGCAUCCCACAGCCUCCUCUUCCAGAAUGCCUUUGCCCAGCAAGCAGUGUGCGCCCCGAGCCGUGUGUCCUUCCUCACUGGGAGGAGACCAGACACCACCCGCCUGUAUGACUUCAAUUCCUACUGGAGGGUACAUGCUGGAAACUUCUCUACCCUCCCCCAAUACUUCAAGGAGAAUGGCUACGUGACCAUGUCGGUUGGAAAAGUCUUUCAUCCUGGAAUAUCUUCCAAUUAUAGUGAUGAUUCUCCAUAUAGCUGGUCUAUUCCACCUUAUCAUCCCUCCUCUGAAAAGUAUGAGAACACCAAGACGUGUAGGGGGCCAGACGGAGAACUUCAUGCCAACCUGCUUUGCCCUGUGGACAUAGCGGAUGUGCCAGAGGGCACCUUGCCUGACAAACAGAGCACUGAGCAAGCCAUACGCUUGUUGGAAAAGACAAAAACAUCGACCCGUCCUUUCUUCCUGGCUGUUGGGUAUCAUAAGCCACACAUCCCCUUUAGAUACCCCAAGGAAUUUCAAAAGCUGUAUCCCUUGGAGAACAUCACCCUGGCUCCUGACCCCGAGGUCCCUGCUGGCCUCCCUCCCGUGGCCUACAACCCCUGGAUGGACAUCAGGCAGCGAGAGGAUGUCCAGGCCUUGAACCUGAGUGUGCCCUAUGGCCCAAUUCCUGUGGAUUUUCAGCGAAAAAUCCGCCAGAGCUACUUUGCCUCCAUUUCAUAUUUGGAUACGCAGGUUGGCCACCUUUUGAGUGCUUUGGAUGAUCUCCAGCUGGCCAACAGCACCAUCAUUGCGUUUGCCUCAGAUCACGGAUGGGCACUGGGUGAACAUGGAGAAUGGGCCAAAUACAGCAAUUUUGACAUCACGACGCGUGUGCCCUUGAUGUUCUAUGUUCCCGGGAGGACAGCUCCACUUCCAGAGGCAGGCGAGAAGCUUUUCCCUUACAUCGACCCUUUCAAUUCUGUCCUGGAAUUGACGGAGCCAGGCCGGCAAGUCACGGACCUCGUGGAACUUCUCUCUCUCUCCCCGACGCUCGCAGGACUCGCAGGACUGCAUGUUCCACCUCGCUGUCCUGUUCCCUCAUUUCACGUUGAGCUGUGCCGAGAAGGCCAGAACCUUAUGAAGCAUUUUCAAGUUGAGGACGUGGAAGGAGACCCGCACCUUCGUGGUAAUCCCCGUGAGUCUAUUGCCUAUAGCCAGUACCCCCGGCCUGCAGACUCUCCUCAGUGGAAUUCUGACAAGCCGAGCUUAAAAGAUAUAAAGGUCAUGGGCUAUUCCAUACGCACGAUAGACUAUAGGUACACCGUGUGGGUUGGCUUCAGUCCCCAUGAAUUUCUGGCUAACUUUUCUGACGUGCAUGCAGGGGAACUGUAUUUUGUUGAUUCUGACCCUCUGCAGGACCACAACAUGUAUAAUGACUCCCAGGGCAAAGACCUCCUCCGAGCAUUUGAUGCCAUGAUUCUCGCCAACCACCGAGGAGGGCAUAUAUAAUGUACUCCCUUCCACCCGGGGAGAGCAGGAAUUAGAGGUGGUUAUUUGGUGAUUACCCAUAAUAUUGGAAGCAACCCAAGGGCUAGGCAAUCAAAGCAUAUGUCAACAGUUUGACCUAAGAAUAUGUAAUAGCCCAACCUUUUGAUUUUUUAUUUAUUUGAGUCUUUAUUAAUUUCUGCUUGGUAAUCAAACUGACCAUGGCUAUGCUGAACCAUUCUUUCCUUUUUUGGACAAUCACAGUUUAUUUACUGAGUGGAUAAAUGUAAAGUGAGCAAAUGAAAAUUGUCAUGCUUUUAGCCAUCAAGACCAUAAUAACCAAACACAACACCAUACUCAAGAAAUGCUGUAAUUAUCUCUGGAAUUUAGUGCAUUGUACAAAGUUAUCGUAUGUCACCUUAGAUGUAACACUAAGUCCCUGGUUCUUUUGUUCAUAAUUUAAUAAUCUAGCCCAAUAUAUUCAAAAAUUAUGUCAACGUUUCAGGUUUCUUUGUAAAAUGUGAAGUUAAAUAAUAAUGCUAGAUGCUAAGGUCUUAAAGUCUUGUCUUCAGUUUUCAUUAGUGACAUGGCAAAGUUUCAAAAUCCAAAGCUAAAAUAUGCAUGAAGUGAUUAAUGUGGAGUUUAUAUGUCAAAUAAUAAACAAUGCCCAGCAAACUAGAGGGAUGAGAUAUAUGAGAAAUUCAGUUAGAAAUGUUCAGAGACUUCUGGCCAAAUAAUACUUUGUUAGCAAGUUAUAUAACCCUUGACUGCAAAGAUCACCAAUUGAAAGACACUGUUUAUUCACAGUGGAAAAUGUUUAAACCCGAAACUGUAUCCAUGAACUGUUAGUGAUCUCUUUCUUCCUUCGGGAAUGGUUGGUUGCAGGUAUCCACUUAUCCAGGAUGCAGGAAAUAUUCUACUUUUAAUUGCUGAUUAAAGACGACACUCAUUUUACCAAAUUCUAAAUUAUUUCGAGAAUUGUGAAAACUUCAUUUAGUGUAAAAUAAGGUAAUUUUUUCUAUUCCUCCAGAAUAAAGUUCUGUAUUCCCUAAGUAAUAAAGUAACCAGAAAGGCAGGUGGUAAUUAUCAUCAGCUUGGCCUACAGCAUUUUCAAAAGGACAGGAUAGUCACAACUCAUAUUUCCAACACAUGGAAGCUGAUCAGUGAUCAGUAGUCAUCAGAUGAGUCAGCCACAUUCUAAAUAAACAUCUUACCCAGUCCUGUAUCAAAGUGAGUAAUUUCUAGUACUUCUCCUUUACAAGAGCUUCAGUGUUUAAAGGUAAAUGCUUGUGAAACAAACUGCAGCAAAUUAGAUUAAGUUGUUUAAGUGUAUUAAAUUGUAACAAAAAAGGCAAGAUAUUAUAGUGAAAGAGGACUCCACAUCAGUAAUUUCAGACAGUGUUUUUAAUAAUUAGCCCACAACAGAGGUAUAUAUAGUAACACAGCGAUCUUCAAAGUGAUUAAGUGACUUAGUGUCCUCGCAACAGCAGAUUCUGGUUGAAGAGUGAAGGGCCCUAUUCAUCUCUCCUGAUCCCAAGGCUCAUCUUUCUUCUGGAAGCCUCAGCUUUAUUUGUAGAUGGGUUCCCUGGGCCUUUUAUUUCUCCUCCUUCAUCCUCUUUAUCGCUCUCAUCACUUCCGCUAAGAUUUUUACAAUCUGGCCUGUAAAUUCCUCAUGAUAUAUUUUCCGUGUAUUUAGCUUUAUCUCCGACUGCACAGUUAUAAUGAUGAGUUUUAACACAGGCUUUUCUUUCACAUCCAUUUGUGGCUCCUGUUGGCUGCAGUGUGUACCCUCCAUCAUCUUUUCUCGCUCUACUUCUUGAAGCAAAGUUUUAGUAUCAAAAGUCUCCCAGUGCUGCUCCUGCAGAAGCUGUAAGCUGCACUGCACCAGAAGAGGGAAGUGACAGAUAGAUAUGGGGCCGGGUCCACAUGGGGCGCUUUUGUGUGCCGAUCUGUCUGUACUGGAAGCAUGUCUAUCUUGUCUCUUCUCCAAGAGGACACAGUGUCAGAGUGCUAGAACUCUCCUUCCUUAGCUUUUAGUUUCUCUUGGCCCCCCUUUACAGAUCUCUCCUGUUAGGAGCAAAGGCUGUAUUUCUUGUUCAGUGGCUUGCUCUUCCAAAUCAUCUCAUGGGUGAUGGAUGUUUUCUGGUAUGGACACUGAACCCAACAUGGAGCCGCAUUUUGUUUUCUUUUGCACGUCUCCCACACACAUCGGGAUGAACAGCAACUUUCUGCUUUUCAGACUCAGCGCUGACCACGUUCCUUGCCCUGACUUGGCCUUAAGUUACCAUGUCUCUUGCUUUGCAUAGUCUUUUUCCUCCUGCUGAGCUGGACAGCUUUUCCUGACAGCCCUCCAGUCACCUCAUUUGUAGAAUGCCUCAUUUCACUUGAGCAAGGGUUUUGGCAUCCAGUUUAGUUGAAACCAGAACCAGCGAGCCCAGAAAUUUUGAGGGCCCUGUGUCACUGGCUCACAAAUGCGAGGGUACAUCAGAGCCACCUGAAGACUUGCUGAAAUCCAGCGUGCAGGGCCCCACCUAUGAAGCUUCUGUGGCCCGCGGCGGGAGUGGGGCCUGAGAACAUGCGUUUCCUGCAAACACCCACCGCUCCCCCAAAGACCACACUUUGAGAAUCACUGCCCCUAGGUGUGUGCUGUCCAGUGGCCGCUAGACGUACGUGACUAAUGUCAAUGAAUUGAAAUGCAACAAAUGAUUCCAAAGCAGAAUCUCUGUGAGGCUUGCCCUGUGCCAAGUGCUCAUCAGCUUUAACAUGGUGGGUGCAGAGCAUGGACGUAGAACCUUUCCAUCGUGGCAGAAAGUGGAACGGAGCAGCCCUAGACUAACUCGGAACAUGAGCCGGGUCCACCUGGCUGUUGGCAGGUUCCCCCUGGGGAGAGGCUGGUUCUCCGCCCUGUGGUGGCAAAGACUCGUGCAGAGACCUGCGCACAGGCCCGCCAGGGCUGUCGGGUCGAAGCGCAGCGCCUGGAGCGCCCUCCGACCCUUGGCCCCUGCCCCCCAGCUAGUGCCAUCUCCAUCACCAGCCCUCUUACCUCCUUCCCACACAGCUUACCGCCCUCCCUCUUUCCUCCCUGGCUCCUGAAGAAUCCACGUGUCUUCCUGAAGUCCCUCUUAGACCCCGCCCUCUGCGAACACCGCCAGUGCCUAUUACGGGGUCCACACCGACCUUCGCUGAGCAGUCAGAGUCUUCCCUGGCUCCACCAAGCCCCUUUCCUUGGCCGACCAGCGUGCGCGCUGGUCCCUGACUCUCCUUUGCCGAUCCCUACCCCCCUGCCCGCCCUAGACUGUCCCCUCCCCAUCCCCGUCCCAUUCACGAUCAUUCUCCAUGUCCAGCACCUCCAACAGGCUGGCGGUCUGUGACCCGAGAGUGGGUCGAGGCACGAAACGAACAGGAACAUCGCUAAAGAGUCCCGUGGCCACUUUGGAAUAAAGGUAUCUUUUUCUGAGCACAGAGUUAAUGCGUUAAUUGCAGAGAGAUGGGCAAACAGAAACGUGGUAAAAGGGAAGGAAGUGCAUCAGUACUUUGCCCCCAGAUGGUCACUUAAUAUCUUGCCUUCUUUGGGGUAUGAAUUAUUUACAUUGCUAUGAUCAUCCCAUGUUUUAUCUCGCAGUUCUACAUUCUUCCCUUUCUCACUAACAAUGAUAGGUGGUUACUAUAAAUUUCUGCAAAAAUGCUUUAUGCUGGAGGUAAUUUUUUUUUGCAUGCGUAGCUUUAUCAUGAUUAGCUUAACCUUCUUUCAGUGACUGAAAAUCCUGCUUAUUUCCAAAUUUGCGGUAUUGUACAUGACGCUGUAACAAACGACUUUUUGAAUAAAAUGUUUUCAUGUAUUUCAAACUACUCCCUUAAGCUGGUCUCUCGGUGCCCAAUUGUCAAAAGCUCUGUUUGGCCCCUCUCCCCACUCUCCUGCUACUUUAGGGCAGGAAAACGAAAAAUAAAGCAAAAAAGCAUACAAAUAACAAAAACCAUAAAACCAAAAAGCCGCCACCCAUAAUGAUGAUGGGCGAAAGUGGUAUCCUGUUUGACAUUGUAACUCUUUGCUUAUCAGUGACCUUGAUCAUUGUUCUCUCUAGAAAAUUCUUGGGCAUUUUUAUUUCUAGUCAUGUGACUUUGUCUUUAAAUUUUGGCUGUGUGUUUUACUUUUUAAAAGAAUCAAACAAAUUACUCUUGACCUGCGUGAUUUUGUUUUCCUAUUAAAUAUGGAAACCUUUCCCAAUCUGGAGAUUGAAUAAAUAUCCAUUUUCCUUUGC